CUGUACGAGAACUUCAUCAGCGAGUUCGAACACAGGGUGAACCCCUUGUCCCUGGUGGAGAUCAUUCUCCACGUGGUCAGGCAGAUGACGGAUCCCAAUGUGGCCCUCACUUUUCUGGAAAAGACUCGAGAAAAGGUGAAGAGCAGCGACGAAGCUGUCAUUCUGUGCAAAACGGCCAUCGGGGCGCUCAAGCUGAACAUCGGGGACCUGCAGGUCACCAAGGAGACCAUUGAGGAGGUCGAGGAGAUGCUGAACAACCUCCCCGGGGUGACUUCGGUUCACAGCCGCUUCUACGACCUCUCCAGCAAGUACUACCAGACGAUUGGCAACCACGCCUCGUACUACAAGGACGCUCUGCGCUUUCUGGGAUGCAUUGAUGUCAAAGACUUGCCGGUGUCAGAGCAGCAGGAGAGAGCCUUUACCCUGGGGCUGGCAGGGCUCUUGGGAGAAGGUGUUUAUAACUUUGGGGAGCUGCUCAUGCACCCUGUUCUGGAGUCCCUGAGAAGCACGGAUCGGCAGUGGCUGAUUGACACGCUCUACGCCUUCAACAGCGGGAACGUAGAGACGUUUCAGGCUUUGAAGUCGGCGUGGGGUCAGCAGCCAGAUCUGGCCGCAAACGAGGCGCUUCUGCUGCAGAAGAUUCAGCUGCUGUGUCUUAUGGAGAUGACUUUCACCCGCCCGGCCAACCACAGGCAGCUCACUUUCGAGGAGAUCGCCAAGAGUGCCAAAGUCACGGUGAACGAGGUGGAGCUGCUGGUGAUGAAGGCGCUGUCGGUGGGCUUGGUGAAGGGCAGCAUCGAUGAGGUGGACAAGAGGGUGCACAUGACGUGGGUACAGCCGCGCGUGUUGGAUUUACAGCAGAUCAAGGGGAUGAAAGACCGCCUGGAUUUCUGGUGCACGGACGUGAGGAGCAUGGAGAUGCUGGUGGAGCACCAGGCUCACGACAUCCUGACAUAGAGGAGCUCGCGCUGCCCCGGGAGAGGAACCGCUGCUGCCGCCGGCAGCGCUCAGACCACUGACUCUGUGCGGAAUUACACUGGGGGGGGGUGGGCAGAGGGGGGAGCAGCUUUUCCACGCGUGUUCGGGGCAGUAAGUGGCCUUUCGCUGGGUAACCCUUUGGUGCUUGGAGUCAAGACUUCCCUGCGUGCCAACGUUAGUGGCACCGACCACGAGAGCUCCCGUCCCGCUCUCCUGAAGGGAGGACGACGGCUC